CUCUCUCUCACCGCACCACCACCAGCAUGCCUCGCAACGACUUUCUCCCGGAAGAAGAAGAUCGACUCGUCGAAUACCUGGCCGGAAUCCCGCGCAGCAAGCGCUCAAGCAUGUCCUCCUUUGCGCCGUUGUCCACGCUGUCCUGGGCAAAGCGACACUCAACGGCCUCCUGGCUCCAGCGCUUCCUACGUUUCCGCCCUCUCUACGAUGCGCGUGUCGACAGAUUGGUGGCCGAGAACGAGCGCGAGGACCUGGAGCUUGAGCUAGUGCGGCAGGAACUGCUACCGCAACAGGCGAAGGAGGGUGUAGCCGCUAGCGAAGACUUGGGUACGCAAGCUGAAGACGACGCCGAGGCUUACGGCGGUGUGAUGUUGGAGGUAGAGAACCUGCUCGUGGGAGCUAACGAGUCGCCGCAUCUGGGAUCUACAGAGCCACCUUUGGACCCUGACCUCGACUUCUCUCAAUCAUGCAUGGAGCUGACGAUCGUCGACGACAGACUUCCACGGCCGGAUUCGAAUCUCAGUGCUCUCGACAGCUACACCACUGCACCACCUAUCUCACGCUAUGCUAUCUUCUCCGCUCUCCCAUCUUGCGACACGAUCCCUUGCAUCCAAAUCGCCGCGAACUUGCUGGCAGACAUCUACGAUGUGGACAUUCAAGUCGUUCUAGACCUCUGGCGCGAGACGUCCAGCAUACGCAAGACCCAACAGCAUCUCUCGGCUCUCAGAGACUGGCGUGCGGCCUAGCUCGAUCUUGCUUGCUCUUUCUUCCUUUCUUCGUGAAUGCUGUGCCCUCGGAUCGCUUCGUACACGAGAACUUUGACUUCAAAACUUGUUGACUCUGGUAUUUCAUCCAAGCCGGAGUGUUCAUCCUCUUAGCAUACUGGCGUCUUCUUCGCUCGAAGGGGCGCUUCCGUCUUCAUCUCUACUUUCUCUCCGCGUGUAGUCUACUGAAGUUGCAACAAUGAGUUCCAGAUUUGCGGCUGAUGUGCUCUGCAUCUGUCUGAGCUACACUCGAAUGGCAUUGGCCAGGAUUGACACUUACAUAUCUCUUGGCCUCGCUGUCAAAGCGUUUCGAUCGACUUCAAUCAUCACCGUUCUUGGCCGAAUCAGAUAUCAUUUUAUAAGUAGAUAAUCGAAUAUCCGUGAAUAAAGAC